UGACAUAAUUCAUUUCACCGGAAGUGACUCUCGCGUCUCUAUUCGGUGGGAGCAGUCGUUCCGUUAUUCGCUUUCAUUAUCAAUAGCAAAUAUAAUUUCGUUUUCUUGAAGAGGGCGAGUCAUCGCAUAUGGUUUCGACGAAAUAGGCAAAGCCCUGCGUGGCCCAUGCCUGUCACAUAAUAGACAUGUCUUGAAAAUAUAAAUGGAGAUGAGAGGUUUCUAAUAGGUGGGCGAAUUUUUUCUCCAUCAUUGAAAACCGUCGGGAGGAUUGUGUUGUCCAACGCAAGUAUGUCCGGAAAACAUUUCAACAUCCACGAGGUGGGCUGUUGCAUUAAAUACUUUAUAUUCGGAUUUAAUAUCAUAUUUUGGCUGCUGGGAGUGGCAUUCCUGUCUGUGGCUCUGUGGGCCUGGAGUGAAAAGGGAGUUCUCUCCAACAUAUCCUCCAUCACAGAUCUGGGCGGGUUUGACCCGGUAUGGCUGUUUCUGGUGGUGGGUGGGGUGAUGUUCGUGCUAGGCUUCGCCGGAUGCAUCGGAGCGCUGCGUGAAAACUCCUUCCUUCUCAAGUUUUUUUCUGUGUUUCUUGGAAUCAUAUUUUUCCUGGAACUGACGGCGGGUGUCUUGGCGUUCGUCUUUAAAGACUGGAUCAAGGACCAGCUGAAGUUCUUCAUCAACAACAAUAUCAGGGCCUACAGAGAUGACAUUGACCUGCAGAAUCUCAUCGACUUCACCCAAGAUUACUGGGAGUGUUGUGGGGCAUUUGGACCAGAAGACUGGAAUCUGAACAUCUACUUCAAUUGUACGGACACUAAUCUGAGCAGAGAGAAAUGUGGGGUUCCCUUUUCCUGCUGCACCAAGGAUCCUGCUGAGGACGUGAUCAACACGCAGUGUGGAUAUGACAUUCGAGCGAAGGGUGACAAUGAACAGAAGAUGUUUAUAUACACAAAAGGAUGUGUGCCUCAGUUUGAGAAAUGGCUACAAGAGAAUCUAACUGUAGUUGCUGGGAUAUUCAUAGGUAUCGCACUUCUCCAGAUAUUUGGGAUCUGUCUGGCUCAAAAUCUUCUGAGUGACAUUGAAGCGGUCAGAGAGAGCUGUUUGUUCACUUGAAACGCUUCAGCAGUUUCACAGAUAGAGCCUACAUCCUUCUGUCACUCGGCAACAGAGCCGGAACAUUGUCAUCACAGUAUCCUAGCAACCACUGAGGGAUUUUUCACAUACCUCUCUUGUGACAGCUACAUCUUCAUGUUUCUAUUGUUAAUGGUGCCCAAGAUUUGUUUUCCUUAGGAUUUACUUCUAAACCCUUUUUUAAAUAUUGCACAAAUGUAAAAAUGAACGGUAUUAACAUACUAACAAGAAACACGUCACGUUCUUUAAGAUUAGCUGUAAUUGUUGGUCUAUGUGCAUCAACACAAGCCUUGUAUUUUUAAAGCCGUGGUGAGUUUUGAGCCACUCAAAAACGUGUCUUGAGAGUUUCAGUUCUGUUCUUAGUCGAACUGGUUCGAAAGAAUGCGCUCUGUGUUUGGCGCCCCCUAAAGCUUUUCUGUGUAACUGCGUUUGAUAAGUCGCGCAGUGGUUUUGUUGAUCACGAGUUGUUUUCAUGUUUGUAGACAUAUACGAACAUGUUCACACAAUAUUUACAAAAUUAAUAGGAGGCUCAAACAGAAUAUGUGCAGAAUUUUUGGUGCUGAUUUAAUAGAUUUAAAUCUGAGAGUAUUACCCUCCCCGAUGGCAGUAUCAAAUCAGGCCAAAAUUUUGAUAAGCAAACAGCCGGGACGGGUGAAGAAUUAUGAAUAAUUUGCAUUUUAAAUGUGUGUUUUUCUGUGGAUUUUCACAAACCCCGAUUUAGUGUAGGUCUAGUAUUUAGUAAACACAAUAGUUUUCUUCCAGAUAGUACAGUUUGAGGUCUUCUGAAGAUUACUUGAGUAUUUGGCUUUUCUCAUAACAUGAUAUGUACAUAAUUCAUAUUUGUUUAUUUUGUUCACAUUGUCAUAUUGUGUGUGUAUAUUAUCUAAAUUGACUUUUUUUAAAUCACAGUUGUUUUUGAAAAAAAAGAAGAAAAAAAAGCACUGCAUGCUUAAUUGGAAUAACACUACAUUUUUACAGUGUGCUAAAUGUAAAUAUUUUUGUGAAUUGCAAUGUUUACCUGUACUAGGGUUGGAAAUUUUAGCCACAGUGUAAAUGUGUCACUAGAAUGUUUUUUUAAUUUAGCACUGAGAUUAUGCCUCAUUGACGGUUUUGAUUUAAAAAGUCAGAUUCUGGUGCUGUUAGAAUGGAACAAAACCAAAAUGGGUAUUUGGAUAUAUAGUCAUAUUUUACCUCAAAAUUAAAAACAUUUUGUAUAUAGAAAAUGGAGCCAUCAAUUUAUACAUUUGAAAGAUGCUUUUAUUCAUAGCACACUGCUGUACUGUUUAAGACACAAAAAUGGUAAUAAUCUUAUGGUAAUGGCUUAAUCUUUUCUACAAAAUAUACUUUUACAUUUUUGGGGUAAAAUAUGAACCACAUAUGCACUUGUAAGAUUCACCCACAUACAUUACAAGUCCAUAUAUUUCUGACAUCAUGAUAGAAUUGAAAUCAUGACCAGACAAGAAUGUUUUGCUUUGAUUGUGAAAUGAAAAUCUCUGCAGCCUGUGGUUUUGUGACCUUUGAAAAAACAGGGUUUGUCAGAUUAUUUGAGUAUAAUGUGAUCUGAUGAAUCCAUGUGGUUGUGAUAAUGCCUUUUUUAACAGUACUUCACACUUUCCGCAUAUGUGUAACCUUAAUAUAGCGCAAUAUAUUUGUUUUCAGUUUAUAUGGAAUUGUGAGCAUUUGAAAAAUGGUUCACAGUGACUGAACAAUGGAGAACAUAUACAUUUUAAUAACUCAGAGAUUCAGAUAUUUAUUCUGUUUUCUUAAUCCAAGGGUCUGAAACAGAUCUCAUGUGAGUAUGGCCAAACAUUUUGGUAGGCUGUUGAGUUUAUAAAAAUUAAACAUUUCUGACAUUACAGUUUUCUCAUUAAAACUUGUCCUAGUAACAAUAAGAAGUGUUGUAAAACAUGACAUUUUUAUGAUUAAAAACUAGAAAACGUU